AUGCGUCGUCCAGAUCCUUAUUUAAUAGCAAUGAUCGUUAUCGGUGCUUUAAUUUUAAUAGCAAUUGGUCUGGCUACAUAUGCAACAUGGUACAAAAGUCAAAUCAUUCUAUUAAUAUCGGGUUUUGUUCUUAUCGCUAUUUUUAUACUGACACUUGUAUUUGGUAUCGUUCGUAUUGUUAGAUCAGCCGAUUCUCGUAGUAAACCACCAUCAACAACCAUAAAAGAAGGAGAAAAAAGGGAUCACUAUGUUCUUGCUGAAGAUGUAGCCAAAUUAGUUAUUGAAUUACUCUCAAUAUUAUUCGGAAUUUUAGCAUCAUUUUUACUUUAUCGUUGUAUCAGAGCCGACGAGUAUGCUGAAGUUUCAACAAUAAGUCCAUCGGCUUAG